CCAGAACAGGCCACCAGCAGUACAGGGGUCACCCCACAACGGCCAGACCCCACCCUGCAUGAACCCUGCCUUGAUGAACGCUCCCUGGCAGUACCACUACCAAGAGGACGACUCACCGCCUCUUGACCAGGGAUUCCCGCGGCUCACCAACGAGGUUCGCGCCCCCGAGCUUGUGCAUGUGUCUGAGAAGAACCUGUCCGAGAUCGAGAAUGUGCAUGGCUACGUGUCCCAUUCCCACAUCUCUCCUCUCAAGGCCAGCCCUGCCCCAAUAAUCGUCAACACAGACACUUUGGAAUCAGUUCCUUAUGUCAACGGCACAGAAAUUGAAUACGAGUUCGAGGAAAUCACUCUAGAGCGGGGAAACUCAGGGUUGGGCUUCAGCAUUGCCGGAGGGACAGAUAACCCACACAUCGGGGACGACCCCGGCAUCUUCAUCACCAAGAUCAUCCCUGGAGGAGCCGCAGCAGAGGACGGACGCCUGAGAGUAAACGACUGCAUCCUGCGGGUGAAUGAUGCAGACGUGUCUGAGGUUUCUCACAGUAAGGCGGUUGAAGCCCUGAAGGUUGCAGGCUCUAUUGUCCGGCUGUAUGUGCGGCGCCGCAGACCAAUGCUGGAGACCAUCAUCGAGAUCAAGCUCAUCAAAGGACCAAAAGGGCUUGGCUUCAGUAUUGCAGGUGGAGUUGGAAACCAGCACAUCCCUGGUGACAACAGCAUAUAUGUCACCAAGAUCAUCGAUGGGGGGGCAGCCCAGAAGGACGGACGACUGCAAGUUGGAGACAGGUUGCUAAUGGUGAACAACUACAGCCUGGAGGAAGUCUCUCAUGAGGAGGCUGUGGCCAUUUUAAAGAACACGUCGGACGUGGUCUAUCUAAAGGUGGGGAAGCCCACCAAUGUCUACCUAUCAGAUCCCUAUGGGCCGCCUGAUAUCACACACUCUUUCUCUCCGGCCAUGGAAAAUCAUAUCUCUUCCCCCGUCAACAGUGGCACUCUGGAGUACAAGUCUGGCCUCCCCCCCAUCUCCCCCGGGAGUUAUUCCCCCCUCCCUAAGCACUUACUGGGGGAAGAGGAUAUAAACAGGUUGGAUGGUUUUUCCUUCUUACGAAAUCCUUCGCUAGAUGACGGGGAGGGUCACAGGUUUGAUUCCCAGCACUUCCAGUUGAGGCCUCCUGAGCCAGUUUACAGCACUGUGAACAAACUAUGUGACAAAGCACCCUCCCCCCGACACUAUUCCCCAGUGGAGUGCGACAAAAGUCUCCUCCACUCCGCCCCCCUCCCAAACUAUCACUUAAGCCUGUUCCCUGACUCGGACAUCACCAGGGAACCCAGGAAGGUGGUGCUUCACAAAGGCUCCACAGGCCUGGGCUUCAACAUCGUGGGCGGUGAGGACGGCGAGGGCAUCUUCGUCUCCUUCAUCCUGGCAGGAGGGCCCGCUGACCUGAGUGGAGAGCUGAGGCGAGGCGACCAAAUCCUAUCGGUUAAUGGCAUUGACCUGCGAGGAGCUACACAUGAACAAGCAGCAGCCGCGCUAAAAGGAGCGGGACAGGUGGUCACCAUCUUUGCCCAGUACAGACCAGAAGAGUACGGGCGUUUUGAGGCCAAAAUCCAUGACCUGCGGGAACAGAUGAUGAACCACAGCAUGAGCUCUGGAUCGGGAUCGCUGCGAACCAAUCAAAAGAGAUCGCUCUAUGUGAGAGCACUGUUUGACUAUGAGAAGGCAAAGGACAGCGGCCUCCCCAGCCAAGGCCUCAGCUUCAGGUACGGGGACAUCCUCCACGUCGUGAACGCCUCCGAUGACGAGUGGUGGCAGGCCCGCCGCGUGACCCCGCAUGGGGACAGUGAGGAGAUGGGUGUCAUCCCCAGCAAGAGACGGGUGGAGAGGAAAGAGCGGGCACGUCUAAAGACUGUGAAAUUCAACGCCAAGCCUGGGUCAUUUGAUUCUAAAGGGUUAAUUAUGCCAGACCUGUCAUAAUCCUGGGACCAAUGAAGGACAGAAUCAAUGAUGAUCUUAUAUCAGAGUUCCCAGACAAGUUUGGGUCUUGUGUGCCACAUACCACCCGGCCGAAGAGAGACUACGAGGUGGACGGGCGAGACUACCACUUUGUGAUGUCCAGAGAGCAGAUGGAGAAGGACAUCCAAGAGCACAAGUUCAUUGAGGCGGGACAGUACAAUGAUAAUCUGUAUGGAACAAGUGUCCAGUCUGUAAAAUAUGUGGCUGAAAGGGGUAAACACUGCAUUCUGGAUGUGUCUGGAAAUGCCAUCAAACGACUACAAGUAGCACAACUCUAUCCCAUCGCCAUCUUCAUAAAACCUAAGUCUAUUGAUUCAUUAAUGGACAUGAAUAAGAGACUGACAGAGGAGCAAGCCAAGAAGACAUUUGACAGGGCUUUGAAGCUGGAGCAGGAGUUUGGUGAAUUCUUCACAGCCCUGGUUCAAGGAGACACCUUAGAGGACAUUUAUAACUACUGCAAACAGGUCAUAGAGGAACAUUCAGGACCCUAUAUCUGGAUCCCCUCAAAGGAGAAACUAUAAUAACUCAUCAUCCUGGAAGGGAGUCUGGACUGCUAGAAACUAGUAAUAAGUUGUAACAUAUGAUAACUGUGUGGCGAUGAUUAGACUUCAUAAAUAACUAUUGUGAAUAUAUUUUGUUUUUUUUAUCUUAUUUUCUCGUAUGUUUGGUUAUUGCUUAAUUUUUUUCACUCAACAUGAAUGUUCCUGAAUGUAUACCACAAAGUGUUAGGAAAUUUUAGGUCUUGAGACAUAAAUCGUUUGUAUAUUUGUUGAUUUUUAAUUUGAACAAAGAGAAAACAAAAUGUAAUGAAAACUGAAUAAAUAUGGGGUGUGUGUGUCCACAUCAGUGCUGCGCUGAAUCGCAGACAGUAAACUGUAUUUGGCAUACACAGAGUUCUCUGCUCCUCUUACAUAGGAAGGAAAGUAGGUAUUCCAGCUGCGACACCAUUCCCCUCCCCCUCCCCUCACCCUGCGGCAAAUAAUCAUAUGAGGUUUGAUGUUUUGUCUGAUUUUGCAUCCCCUGAACACAGCUUCACUUUGUGUUUGUUUACAUUGUCGUUUCUUCCUUGAAUUGCUGUAAUUAUUUCUCUGACAUUGAGGAUGUGUGAGGAACAUGUAUUAUUCACUGUAAGAUUUCCAUGUGUUUUUUUUAUUUUAAAGCAGACAUUGCUCAUCCAGCUGUUGCAUUGACAAUGAUGAGAAAAAGAGAGAAAGCUGCUAUCGGCAACAGAGAUGUAACACUAUAUUUUGCUACUUAAACUGCUAGAGGGCACAAAAGCACAGAAUUAUUUAUUAUUGAAAAUAUAACUUUGAUUAAAAGGUCAUUUACAGAGCAUAUUUUAUGUGAGUGAUGUAGUAUGUUGUGACUGUGUUAGGGUGGAUGGUGAAAGAGACAUUUGAUGUUUGUAUUUUGUAGACUUGGAGUGGAGGCAGUGGUCUAAGUAGUGAUUAAAUUUAUACUGAACACACAUUUCUGUCUUUUGAAACUAAUAGUAGGGACAGUGAAGAAUAGAAAUAAAAAAUAAAAGACCAAUACUUUUUGAAAGUAUAAAAUAUACCUUGUAGAAUAUGAAAGUAAAGUGAAUGCAGAAAUUGCACAAAAUGCAGUUCAGUUAAACAUUAUGGAGUCGUUAAGGAUUUAAACAAAAGGUGAGUUUUCCUACUUUACCUUGAAAAGAAUACUGAUUCAGAUGGCUUGUUCUCCUCAGACAGGCUGUUCCAGUCCUAAUGAGAAAGGUUUGAUGAUAAUGAUUGGAUUUAUAGCUUGUGGCCAUAGGCUGCAGCAGAGGAAUAGUAAAACAAUGGAAAUUUUGUACUAAAAAGACCAUGAAAGAUGCCCAGUCGAUAUGUCUAACUCAGACUGCGGGAUUUUGUCCUCCAUCAUUUACACUGAAAGUUCAUUAAGACAGGAUCUCUUAAUGUCCGGUAUGAACAGGAGGAACAGCAAGAAGAACCUGUUUCAUAUAGGCACCUGACAAGAGAGACAGACUUGAAAAAAUGUCUAAUUGUUAGAUAUGAAAAUGUAAAAACAUAAACAUACUGAUUAUGGACACAAUGUACAGUGUUAGUCAUUGGUGAGCCUAAAACACUUAUAUUGACUCUCAGGUGGAUCUCCUGCUCCUUGUUCAAACAGAAUGCUGUUUUAAAGGU